GCGGCCGGAAGUGACGGAGCGGGCGGUGGCGGAGCGGCGGAACGAGGCGGCGGCGCGGCCGGGCCGGGCCUGGGCACCCCGGCACAGAGUUGAAUCUAGCAUAGACUAUUAAUGAACAUUUGAAGGUCUUGGAAUUCACUUGCAUGAAAAAGCGCAGCAGAUGGACCCGUCGUCGCCGCCGUUCCUGCUGGCCAAGCUGACCCCCCUGCACUCGGAGCAGCUCCUGCAGGGCCUCAACCUCCUGCGGCAGCACCAGGAGCUCUGCGACGUCGUGCUGCGCGUGGGCGAGGCCAAGAUCCACGCGCACAAGGUGGUGCUGGCCAGCAUCAGCCCCUACUUCAAGGCCAUGUUCACCGGGAACCUGUCGGAGAAGGAGAACGCCGAGGUGGAGUUCCAGUGCGUGGACGAGGCGGCGCUGCAGGCCAUCGUGGAGUACGCCUACACCGGCACCGUCUUCAUCUCGCAGGACACCGUGGAGUCGCUGCUGCCCGCCGCCAACCUGCUGCAGGUCAAGCUGGUGGUCAAGGAGUGCUGCGCCUUCCUGGAGAGCCAGCUGGACCCCGGCAACUGCAUCGGCAUCUCGCGCUUCGCCGAGACCUACGGCUGCCACGAGCUCUACCUGGCCGCCAACAAGUUCAUCUGCCAGAACUUCGAGGACGUGUGCCAGACCGAGGAGUUCUUCGAGCUGACGCACGCGGAGCUGGACGAGAUCGUGUCCAGCGACUGCCUGAACGUGGUGACGGAGGAGACGGUGUUCUACGCCCUGGAGUCCUGGAUCAAGUACGACGUGCAGGAGCGCCAGAAGUACCUGGCGCAGCUGCUGCACUGCGUGCGCCUGCCCCUGCUCAGCGUCAAGUUCCUCACGCGCCUCUACGAGGCCAACCACCUGAUCCGGGACGACCACACCUGCAAGCACCUGCUCAACGAGGCCCUCAAGUACCACUUCAUGCCCGAGCACAGACUGUCCCACCAGACCAUGCUGCUGACGCGGCCCCGCUGCGCGCCCAAGGUGCUCUGCGCCGUGGGGGGCAAGGCCGGGCUCUUCGCCUGCCUGGAGAGCAUGGAGAUGUAUUUCCCCCAGAACGACUCGUGGAUCGGGCUGGCCCCUCUGAGCAUCCCCCGCUACGAGUUCGGGGUGUGCGUGCUGGAGCAGAAGAUGUACGUGGUGGGAGGCAUCGCCACCCACGUGUGCCAGGGCAUCAGCUACAGGAAGCACGAGAGCUCGGUGGAGUGCUGGGACCCCGACACCAACACGUGGAGCUCCCUGGAGAGGAUGUUCGAGAGCCGCAGCACGCUGGGCGUGGCCGUGCUGGCCGGGGAGCUCUACGCCCUGGGCGGCUACGACGGCCAGUCCUACCUGAGGAGCGUGGAGAAGUACAUCCCCAAGGUCAAGGAGUGGCAGCUGGUGGCCCCCAUGAGCAGGACAAGGAGCUGCUUCGCCGCCGCCGUGCUGGACGGCAUGAUCUAUGCCAUCGGGGGGUACGGGCCUGCCCACAUGAACAGCAUGGAGCGCUACGAUCCGAGCAAGAACUCCUGGGAGACCGUGGCCUCCAUGGCUGACAAACGGAUAAACUUUGGGGUGGGGGUCAUGCUGGGCUUCAUCUUCGUGGUGGGGGGACACAAUGGGGUGUCCCACCUGUCCAGCAUCGAGAGGUACGACCCCCACCAGAACCAGUGGACGGUGUGCCGGCCCAUGAAGGAGCCCAGGACAGGCGUGGGGGCGGCGGUGAUCGAUAACCACCUGUACGUGGUGGGGGGGCACUCGGGCUCCUCCUACCUGAACACGGUGCAGAGGUACGAGCCCAUCUCGGACUCGUGGCUGGACUCGGCGGGGAUGAUGUACUGCCGCUGCAACUUUGGCCUCACGGCCCUCUGAGCCCGCUGCCCGGCCUUCAGCUCGGCCUGGCCUGGGGCGAGGAGGGACCCGCUGCUCCCCAGGGACCCUUUGCUGCUGCAGAGGGAGCUCCGUGCCCGGCUGCGUUCGGCGCCCUGCUCGCGGCUGUGGGACCGGGAGAGAGCUGGGAUCCAGCUGGAAUCGUGUCCAUCCGACCCUCCCGAGGGCUUUUGUCUCUUCCUCCUCUGGGACGCGGCGUUGCCCGUGCUGGGGGAAGCUGGGUGAGCGCAGGGGGCUGACCCCGGGCUGUGGCUGCGCACGGGGACAGCGCCAGUGCUUCACGGGGUUUUUUAUGACCGGUAACUCAAGGGCUGCCUUGUUUCUGUAUCUCAAGGUUUGUACAUAAUAAAUGCCAUAGGAUGUUGCCUGUACUCUCCUUUGUCACCUGCUUCCUGGUAGGAGGGAUGGGAUGAUCCUUGGACACAUUUUACGAGGCAAAUUUAUUGCCUCCUCGGGACAUUUUUGGAUCUGACGAAGCGAAUUUGCAUUUUUAACUGUUUCCCUUCUGUUUUCUGCUGGUGGAGAAACGAGUGCUAGAUGAACUGACUUCAUCCUACCGUGUGCUUUCAGUUGGAAUGCGAGGAGGAAUCACAGCAGCAGCAUUCCUAGCAUGAUUCCCCAACAAAACCUCCAAGCCAGCCCGUCCCGUCCUCCCGAGCGCGCUCGUGUCCGUGUUCCCUUUUUUUCAAGGACUGUAUGGUUGCUUCCUCUGAGUGUUCCCAUCUCACAAUGGUGCUAAAUGUAGGGGUACCCCCGAGGCUGUUCCUGGUUUCGGUGCAUAAAGCAUGUUUGGAUUGUUCCACUGGUUUGGUUUCUUCUUUGCUCCAUGCCCCCGUGCCCCUGCAGCUCUGCAGUCUCACCCCCUGUGGAAUGAGCUCCCUGUUGGCUGUUUAGUGGGGAUUUUCAGGUUUAUGGUUAUUGCUCCCAUUCUCACAAACGGGGAGAUCUCAGCUCGGGCUCUUCAGGCAGUUCUGCCUUUCACACCAGUGCAGGGAGUUCAGACAGGGCUCAUCCCAAACGUGUGUCCUGCCGAGGGGCAGGUCCUGGGGUUAACCACAGUCCCACUGGGUUAAUCACACAGCCCUGAGCUCAGUGGAAACUGGGCCAGAGAGAGAGAAAGCGAUGCUGUGGGUUAUAACCAUCUUUUAAAAUGGAAUUUAACUAAUUUAGCACAUUUUGGGUUGUCUUCUGAUCUCAAUUACCUUAAAUUUCUGUGCUGGCUGCCCAUUGCCAGGCCUAGUACUAAGGUUUUUUGCCUCCAGAGUUUCUUUUCUCUUUCUUUUAACAUGUUUGGUGUUUGUUUUCCCAGCCCACGCAGUGUUAUUUUGAAAGGUGCAAUAAUAUUUGAAAUAGCUGCUUUAAAAGCUGUUUCUUUAUGAUUUUGCUAAAUGGGGAGGGUUGAACGCUCUGGAUUUAUCCUGAAUUCCUGCAGAGCUGGUUGCAGUCAGGGCUGCUCUAGUUCUUCCAUUCCAGCCACUGAGAUUUCACCAUUCCAGGAGGGUGUUGUCACCAUAAAACAUCAUUCAGCUAUCCCAGGUGAUUGCACAGACCAUAAAAUCCUGCAGGUCUCCUUCAGGUUUGGUGGAACUGAGCAGGACUUCAAAUGUAAAUAAGAGAAACUGCAUUGAAAAUGCUGGAAUUGUUAAUUUGACCCACAGGGAUUCUUUCCAGUGACAGCAAUAAAAGCCUGAUUUCAUUAUUCCAGGACAGGAGGGGUUCCUUGGCUGUAUUUCCAUGUUUGUGUGUGGGGAGGAGAAGGAAUCAUGGAAUCCCAGGAUGGUUUGGGUUGGAAGGGACCUACAACCCACCCAGUGCCAGCCCUGCCAUGGCAGGGACACCUCCCACUGUCCCAGGCUGCUCCAGCCCCAGUGUCCAACCUGGCCUUGGGCACUGCCAGGGAUGGAUCACAACAAAAAAAUCCAUAAACAACAAAAACAUCAUUAAAAAACCCUAUAAAUCACAACAACAACAACAAAAAAAUCCAUAUUAUGGUGAUUAUUUAUAUCAACAUCUUCCAUUUAUGGAAGUCAAAGCACUGAAAAUUGCAAAAUGUUUCAUUCCCUUUCUGCAGGCAGUGGGAAUGAAAAACCCCACAAUGGUUUGGGGUUAAAGGGGCUUUAAAGACCACCCUGUUCCACCCCUUUCCCUGGGGAAUCCUUCCACUGGAAUGGGGUCAGAGGAGGUGAAUGAUGCCCCGGAUUGACCCUGUGCUGUGGAUGUGACAUUGCCCCACUGGAGAGAGCAGCAGAAACUGUUUUUUACUCUGCAGGAGAAAUGCCUAAAGAAUAUUCCUGCUGUGUUUGCUGAACUCCUUAACCUGGAGAGGGAUCAGCUUAGGGGCCGUGUCCCUUAAAUUCACUCCAUCCCCGUUUCUGUCCUGUCCCUUCAGUGCCUGGGCAGAGGGAGACCAGGCACAACAAUCAGGGUAAAGCUGAGUGGGAACUCAGCAAUCCCAUGGGAAUGCCUGGCUGGGAGCUGCAAAACCAAGGACCUGCAGCUAAGAUGUGACAAUUCCCAAUUUUCAUCCAGUCCCAGUUCCUUGUCUCUCGAAUUGCACUUUGCAACGGGUUAAAUGAGUUUAUUUGUCUCCAUACAGCUCAGAAUUUCUGCUUUGUCAAAGAUAAUAAUCUACAAGCUCCUCCUAGGCAUGUUUCCCUUCCAGAAAGUGAUGGAAUUUUUGUCCAUGUUACAAAUAUUGUUUCUGGGAGAUAAUAUUGCUUCAGUGAACUUCCCAUCCACAAAUCCCCAUUCACUGUAGGAAACAGUGCAAAACAUCCCCCAAAUUGCCUUCAGUUCUUUCCAUUGACCUGAAACACAAAGAACUGCAUGAUAACACCUAUUUUUUUUUUUUUUUUUUUUUUUUUUUUGCCUUAUGUAGUGUGCUGUGUUUUAAACCCAAGGAAAACUCUGAUUUUUAGCAGGAUUUAAUAACUGUACAGGGAAUUUUCUACUCGGGCUUGGCCAGAGUGCUUUGGUCGGGGGUAGGAACUGAUCCCUGUAGAUUUGUGGUUUUACCUGUAAAUAUUUAUAUUUUUUUUAAACAUCAACAUCCUGGUUUUGUUUUGUCUACAAAAGUGGCCUUUGAGUUCCACAGGAUGAGAGCUGAGCCGUGUGGGGAUUCUCUGGCAGUUCCCAGGGUGUUGUUCUUGUGCUCUCCAAGCAUUGUUGUGAUGAUUCCAUUGGAUGUGAAGCUGUUUAAUGAAAUAAACCUGGGAAAUCCUG